AUGGAAACCAAAACAUCUGCAAUAGAUGAGUUCCACCUUCUCGCACGUGAAAUGAAUUGGAAGAGAGGUUCAAGAAAAUAUCGAAGUGGACUUUCGAAAUUCUUGGAAUCCGAAUUUGCUAUUCACUUUGGCACUGAUGCGACAAAGUUGGAGAAUUGGCAGGCGCUAUGUCUUGAAUUGAAGAUUCAAGAUCCAAUUCAAAGUAUCACAAAAUGUCGAAAAGCUCUUGCAAAGGUACACGUGAAUUUGGUCGACUUGAUCGACUCCCGUCGCACAGGAAAGCAAGUCAAACACUUUGCUAGUCAAAAGGCACUCAGGAAGUAUACGAUCGAGACUGGAAAGAUAUUCCCAAAAUCAGCUGCCAAGAAGGAUGGGUUUCUCAAGGCCUUGCUUCGGGAGAUCUUUUAG